ACUAGCAUCACUGGUCAGCUGAUCUUUAAUCUUUAGGAGUACCAGUAACAACCUCAUUUUAUAAAAGCUAUCUUUUAAACUCUACUGCCCUAACGACAUGAGCGGUAGUUCGCCAGUUUAUUACAAUGCGGAUACAGUCCGCCGCUUUCUCACCUGGCCGCUGGUCAAUGAAGCAGUGGAGUCGGCGCUCAAGGCCGUAGUUAAGUCCCAGGAUCUGGGACUCAGCACCUCCUCCUCCUAUGCCAUCCAACCGAAGAGGAGUUUCACCGCCUGUGGCAAGGAGCCUGGCAAGGUUCUGCUAACCAUGCCCGCCUUUGUGGGAGACUACAGCCUGGGCUCGAGGGGAUCCCCUGGAGAUUCCCGCUCCACACUGGCCUGCAAGUUGGUGACCUCGUUCUCGUCCAACUCCCAGCGGAGUCCCCCGCUACCCAGCAUCCAUGCCCACGUCCUGCUCUUCGACAACGAAACCGGUCAACUAUCGGCGAUUAUGGAGGGCACGGACUUGACCACCUGGCGCACUGUUUCCGCCUCCCUGGUGGCCACCAAGUAUCUGUACUUCCGACGUUUUGGUCCGCAAGCCGAGGCGGAGAAGAAGAUCAACGUGGCCAUCGUGGGCUGUGGUGUACAAGGGCAACUCCAUGCCGCCGCUUUUUGUGCCAACUUCCGGGUGAAGCAACUCAGUCUGUACAAUCGCACGGAGGCGAAAGCCCAUAACUUGAAGGAGCAACUGCAGCGGGAACUGGGCACCGAGACCGAAACAGAGAUAGCAGUUUGCCAAAGUGCCAAGGAAGCUUGCCAGGAUGCUGAUGUCAUCUGCGUGGCCACCUACUCCAAGGAGCCGCUCGUCCACCUUGAGUAUCUGAAAGGCAAACAAAGCGUUCACAUUAACACUGUCGGUGCCGGCGAAAUCCACUUCUCUGAGGUGAGUCCCGAUAUCUACCGCCAGGCUAAGAUCUAUGUGGAUUGCUAUGCCAAUGCCGAGGCCGAGUUGGUGGGUCUUCCAGGCCCUAUCAACGCUGAGGUGGGUGCCAUCAUCCUCAACGGUAACAUUCCCGGAAAAGCGGACAUCUCCAUCUUCCAAUCAUUGGGCAUGGCCUCGGAGGACGCCUGUGUGGCCCAGGCGGUGCAGGAUGCCAUCCUCUCGAGCGCCGAGCUGGAAAACCAAGCCCAGGAUUAGCCCAACUCAAACCACUGGCUCGAUAACCUUUCAUGUGU